GACCCAGACACAGGCACUCAAGUUAUUAUUUAUCAUUUAUAAAGCAACUAUAUGAAAGCAGAGGCUUUCUUGCACUACAGAAGGAGGAAAGCGGACAAUUUCAUUGAGCUUUGAGUGUGUGCACUAUUAGAAAAUGGCUUCUCGGGGGUUCUUCAGAUAGUUAAGUGGGUUUUUUUUUUUGUUAAUUUUAGUGUGUUAGAUGAACUGGUGCCAAAAAAAAAUACAGCCAUUAACUGAACAUGCUCAUGUUCCCGGUACAUAAAUGGGGUUAAUGGACUUGUAUAACAUUAAAAAAAAAAAACAAGGUAAGGUUACAUGGCUGAUUAGGGUGGAAAGUGAAGAUGGGGAACUCUGUGGCCAGUUUUGGUAAAUUAAACCACAGACCUAGAUUCUUAGUAAUUGCCAGUGGUACAAGGGUUCCUUAUGGCGUAUAUAAAAUGGUAAAAAGAAGGGAAAAAAAAGAUAGACAUUAAUAUAAACAUUAGCAUAAAAGAAUAUAAACAUUAUCAUAAGCGAUCUGAUAAAAUACCAUUCAGCUGAGAUAUUGCACAUGUGAAGAGUAAAGGAAGAAUAAAAGUUAAGCUGAAAUAAUAUGGAAGUAUUGCACAUUGUCUUCUGUACAGAUUUGUGUUUGGAAAUAUAAAUAAAUAAAAUAAAGGUAGAAGUGAAAUGGGAAAGUGGUUAGGAAUAAUUGUAAUAGUCUCAAUCAACGUUUCGUUUUAAUUGUAACUUUCACUAAAGGGUUAUUUUAGCACGAAUGGACAUCAUAACCUACAUUUAUUUUAUUACGUUAAUUAAAAAACGCGUUGUUUUUUGUUUUUUUUUGUUUUGUUUUGUUUUUGCUCAACGGUCGCAUUUUGCGCGGGAAUUAACCGCUCGUUCCCCCCUGUUUUAAAUUCGAUUCCUCCAAAAGCUCAUUAAUAUUCAAAUGUUUCAAAAAAAAAAAAAAAAAGUGCCGACGUCUGAUUGGUGUUCGAGUCAAAACACUGCCGACGAGAACGACGUCAUUGGACAGAGCGUGUGGAGUGGGGGCGUGGCUAUAAACGUAAACACAAACUUAUUAAAACAACAACAAAGCCCGACGAUACGCACACGUACGCAGCCUGACUGACGCAGUAGGAGCUGUGCUGAGGAACCAGAGUAUAGAGGAGGUUUAAACAUGGAUAUUCAGUCCUGAGAGGUUUAUAACUGACUCCUCUGCUUUUUGCUGUUUGACUUUUUUAAUCAUUACUCGGUGAAAAACAUGUUGGAUAAACGUGUCGUGGAUUCACGUCGAGACCAAGCAGAAGACGUGAGAGGAAAAUCCGUUUCGACUAAGGAGUGUUUUGAGAAGCAGUACAAGUUAGGAGCUCUGCUGGGAAGCGGUGGGUUCGGCUCUGUGUUCUCAGGACAGAGAAUCUCUGAUGGUUUACAGGUCGCUAUCAAACAAGUGUGUCAUGAUAGAGUGCAGCAGUGGGCAGGACUGGCUGGUGAAUCGAAUCCGGUCCCCAUGGAAGUGGCGCUCCUGCUGCAGCUCGGGGGUUCGGGUCACCCCGGCAUCAUCCGCAUGCUCGAUUGGUUCGAGGUUCCUGAUCGGGGUUUUUUUAUCGUGUUCGAGAGACCACAGCCGUGCCAGGACCUGUUCGACUUCAUCACCGAACGUGGCGCCAUAGAUGAACCACUUGCACGAAGGUUUUUAAAGCAGGUGGUUGAAGCGGUUCAGUUUUGCCACUCGAGAGGAAUCGUCCAUCGAGACAUCAAAGACGAGAACAUUCUAGUGGACACGCGUACCGGAGAUGUCAAGAUCAUCGACUUUGGAUCUGGGGCUCUUUUGAAGGACACGGCCUACACAGACUUUGAAGGAACCAGAGUUUACAGCCCACCUGAAUGGAUCCUGCAUCAACGCUACGAAGCACUUCCGCUCACCGUCUGGUCUCUGGGCGUCCUGCUGUUUGACAUGGUUUGUGGAGACAUUCCCUUUGAGAGAGACAGAGACAUUGUCCAGGCUACGCCCGGUUUCACUAAGCGUGUUUCUAAAGAAUGUCAUACUCUCAUUCGCUGGUGCCUCUCAUACCGCCCAGAGGAUCGUCCAAGCCUAGAGCAGAUUUUGCUCCAUCCCUGGAUGAUGGAGAGCACAGAAGACAUCGGGGACCUGCAGGAUGUCAGCAACAUCACACCGAGCCUUUAAUUUACAAACAAUUUCUAGACUAAUUUCAGAGGACUGUUGAAACUUCAAACCCGCAGUUUGACGAUACACUGGAUUACAUCACACAUAACACUGGCCUCUCAACACCUCCGUAUUUAUCACGCUGUUUUCUUUGAUGGAAACGUUCUCCGGCAUUGCGUCAUCCCAAAGCACACUGUCUCCCUGUCGGCGUCUCGAUUCGAUGCGACGCACAACUGUUGCUCUGCCUGGUUUAUUUAUUUACCUAUUUAUUAACUCGGACACGUUAUUAUUAGGUAUUUAUAUUCUGUACUCGAGGGAUGAAGUUUCAGAAGCAGCUUUGGACUUUCAGCCAUCGUUGACCGAUACCAUGUUCCUGCCUGGUUCUACAGGCUCUUUGUAUAUAGUAUUGUUUCCUCAUUUUAAGAGGAGGUUUUUGUAUCACGCCCCACUGAGGAUUCGGAUACAACAGCGACUGUCAGCGACGUGAACGGGUUUCGAUCCAGCAACCGUUCAUGUCUGCAUUCACUAAACGUCCUACAGUGGAUUUGUUUUUGUUUUUUAAACCAACGUGCCUUUUACUUUCGUUAUCUGUGUUUGUGACCGUGGUCUAAAAUGAAACAACAUUCAAGAAUGUAAGCUGCCUAAAAGGUGCUGAACUGUUCAUGUGUCAAAACAGAAUGAAUGUUGUUCCUCACUGAGAAACAGUGCGUUUACUUAGAAAGCCAAAGAGAUCUAAAUAGCACAAGUAUGCAGGUUUUUUUUAUUUUUUUUGUUGUUUUUUUUUUGUUUUAAAUCUGACUAAUUGUAUUCUUGUUUAAAAUACAGGACCAAUUGUCAAUUCAAAAUGUUACAAUGGGAUAUUUUGUAGUGUAAAACCAAAUAAGAAUGUAUUUGUAUUUGUUCUUAUACUAUUUAAAUUGAAUCUGGAUUUGUUUUGUUUGUAUGUUUUUUUUUGUUUUUUUUUUUGUGGAAAAAUAUCCAAAGGCAUGUUUUAUUAAAUAUAACAAUCGAAAUCCUUGCUGGUUUGCUCGGGUUUGCACGACAAAUGUUCUGUAAAUACUUGUGUAUUGAAUUUUGUCAUUUUUGUGGCAGCAGUCACAUCGGCAUAUUUAAUUUAAAUUAAACAAAAACACACUCAUAA